AUGGCAGAAGGCAGUAGAGAGAAGGAGCGAGGGCAAGGAGGCGCAGCGACGAGCACGACCGGCGGAGCACUUCGAGGAUUAGCUCGAUCUCUCUCUCUGCGACCCAGAAAAGCCGCUUCUCCGCAGCUGCUACCAAAUGGCAGUAUAGCGACGGAGGCGGUGACUUCAGGCAAAGGCAGUCUGGACACCAACACCGCCAAUGCUUUCACUAAUAGCAACAGCACCAUCGGACCCAGCUCUCCCUCCACCUCGGCAGGCUUCGCAGGGCUAGGCUUCGCCACGCUCCAAUCACCUACUCGCAAAUCUUCUCGAUCGGAGCGUAGACCUGCGCAUCAGCUUUUCGACGACAGCAUCUCCUCUUCUCCUGGUGGACGUGGGGCAGCUGUGGGACACUCGGAUGGAGCGGUGGUAGAGUGGGGAAGGCCACCGGUCCAGACGGACACCUCGCUGAGGGAUGUGCAGGUCGUAGGCUUGGCGAUGGACAAUAGCAAAAGUGCAUCGAACAGCUCUUCGACACCUCUGAGAUCAGUGCCAUCUAUCAGCAGCGUAGGUGCUGGGCAGCGAUUGGGUCGCAACAGGGAUGCAUCAGGAGGUACGAUCGGUCCGAGCAGAGGAGCUUCUUCCAAAUUCACCACCCUGCGAGAUGCGCCUCUCAGCUCGAGCGAUCCAGCUUUGGAGACGGGUCUGCACGAUAAAAGAGGCAAAGGAGUCGAUCGAGCGAAUGCGAGCGCACCAGCUGGUCUCGCUCCUCCUAACGAGGGACCAGGCAACAGCACCUCCUCAUCUAGUGGUGGCUCCUCGCUCGUAAAGAAGUUGUCCCUGAGGCGAAAGCCGCAGCCUCGGCCUGACCUCCCUUUGACUUCACAAGCCGACAAUGAGGACAAGGCUCUACCCUCCAUCACACCUUCCCCUUAUCAUCUGACAGCUCCCUUUGGAAGAAGAUCAUUCGACUCUCUGGUCUCGAUUACUGGAACGCAAGCUGAUAUGGCCCCUUCGUACACUCAGGGAACGGCAAGCGCGGAGCCCAUACAUCAGAAAGGUCACGCGCGUCGCAAGACUGCAACCGACCGACAGGCCCUAGAUUCUCCGAGUGGCGCAGUGGCCUACUCUCCUUCUUCCUCCCGAGGUCUCAUCUCCUCAACGACGCGAGGUAGACCAGCGAGAGAAGGCUCGGCUGUCCCCACAUCUUCCGCUUAUCCAACCGGGUAUUGGGCUCCUCCACCCUAUGCGUAUGCUACGGCCCAGAAUGAUGGCGAACAUGGAAUCAGCUUGGGGGAUGAAAUGGAUGCUAUGUUGAGUUCAGAAGCGAGAGAGAGGAGGGAAGCGCUCAGGGGCCAUUCGCCCCCUUUCUUUGCAGUCAGAAGGGGAUGGCGCAAGGGAAUUUAUACGGAAGAGGACGAAGCAUCGAGGCAGACCCAGAAUUUCCCUGGACCGAUAGUGAAGCGGUUCGAGAGUGCCGACGAGGCUGUCGCGUUCGUAUGCGCGCCCACCAAUCCUUCGAAGCCCAGCUUCACACGUAGAGAUUCCUCUGACUCGAUUUUGCCUCGACCGGUAGCUGCUCCUGCGCUGCUGGCGACGGUACGAACUAGCACGCUGGGCCGAUCGCGGUCCUUGGCCAGCUCGACUACUUCGGGCCGUUCAUUUGGCGCGCGUAGAGGUGCAGCAAUGGGCUACUUGGAUGAGCCGAGUCGGACAUCGCCUUCUUCCACCAGCGGACAGUCGUUCUCGUUCGAAAACGAGGCUACGCAGGCGGGCGGACCAGAUUCUUCGAAGAUGGCACGGUCUGGCAGCAAUCGACCUGCGUCGAGAAAGGGAGCGGAGAACGCAAUGCCCUCUGUGAACGAGGACGGGACAGACCAUACCCCCAGCUUGAGCGCGCCUGGCGCAAAGACCGGAAGCUCGAUGAACCAUCGUCCUGCGCCUUUCGACUUCUCUACGACGACCUCGCACAGUGUCGUCAAGGAUCGCGCUUCCCCUUCGCUAGCCUACUUUGCCAUGGCCUCUUCGCCGCUUACAGCGAAUGCUGCUGCCCUAGGUGCAGAAGCCUUCGGCCGAGCGGCUUCUCCCGGCGGACUCGCCAGCGAAAGCCACGCGCAAGCGCACAUCAGCCCCUUGAUCCUAGCGGAGCGUCCAACAACCCCGGCGAAACUGCCCAGAAUGGCAAAUGGCGGUGCUGUCUUCGUCAUCGAGGAUGUGACCAAUUUGGAACGAUCUUUGGCUUUCUACUCUGCCAUGUUUGGAGCGAAUCUCGCUCAGAAGCAUGCCAGCGCUCUCGUGCUUCGAGUGGGUUCGCAGGAGCAUGCUGCUUCGCCCACCACACGCAUCUUGCUGCGCGUCCGCGCACAAAGUCCAUUUGAGGAUCGGGUAGAGAAGCAUGAGCACGAGGUGUCUGAAUCUUUCGCGAGCAGCGGAACGGAAUAUCCACCAGUCGUCCAUCGACCUACCGCGCCCAGAGUUGCCCUCUUGAUAGAGUUCGAAGCGCAAUCCUUGCGCGAAGUACACGCAGGCAUCUCAGACCGAUUGAUCAGCGCUAAAGCCAAGCAAGGUCACUGGAAGUACUGCGCCGUGACGCCGAUAGUAGACACUAUCUUUGGUACGCGAGAAGCUCGUUUGACUGGACCAGAUGGCGAGACUUGGAUUCUAAGCUCGCCGAUCGCCUAA